GCUUCCGCGACGCUGGGGUGCCUGGCUGCUUUCGUGGCGUCGCGCUGGGUGUGGCCAGCGGCCUCUUCUUCGGGCUGACCGGGCUGUGCACCGGCGUGUUCCAGGCUGUCCGGGGCGUCGUCGCCACGCCCCAGGCGCUGUGCAUGAUCAGGAGGGGGUGGCGCUGGGACGCCGCGGACGGUCGGUGGUCGCAGCCGGAGCCGUACUCGCUGCCGGGGGAGGCCGCCCCCCGCGGGGGUCGGGGCCCAGCCGCCGGUGCCCGCGCGCCCACCCCGCGAGAGGUGUCAAGGCGCCCUCGCCGGCCUCGAGGGCGCGCGUGGCGGACACGUUCUACUACGACGCGCUGCAGAUCCCGCCGUCGGCGUCCCUGCGGGACAUCCGGCGCGCAUAUUUCCAUCAGUCCAGGCAGUGGCACCCAGACAAGACGACCGAGGAGGGCGCCAAGGAGAAAUUCCAGGCGAUUUCCGAGGCUUACCAGGUGCUCUCCGACCCAGCAAGGCGGCGCGCUUACGACGCCCGCGGGCGGGAGGGGGCCGGCGAGGGCUUCGUGGACGCGCAGGUGUUCUUCAGCGUGCUCCUCGGCGCCGACGCCCUGGAGCCGUACAUCGGGCAUCUCAGGAUCGCCGAGAUGUUCGGAGACGUGUUCGGAGACGUGUUCGGGGGCACGGCGGGCGAGGCGGCGGCCGGCGGAGGCGCCGACGCCACCGAUCCCCUGACGGAGGCUCGGCAGAGGGCCGCGGACGCGGAGAGGACUAAGGAGCGGCAGGCGCGCAGGCAGGUGCAGCUCGCCAUGCGCCUCGCCGAACGGCUAGACUCCGCGGGCGACGGUGGCGAUGCGGCGGCGCGCGAGGAGGCGCGCAGACUGGUGGUCAAGGACGCGUCUGUGGGCCGCUUCGUCCUGGAGAUCGGCUGGGUGUACAGGAACCGCGCCGAGGGGUUCCUCGCCAGGUCCGAGUCGCGGUUCGGCGGCUACGGCCCCAGGGCGAUCGGCCUGAGGCCCUCUCGUGCGGGGGGGCAGGGGGGCAACCACCGCCAGGCUUGCGGUGCGGUCUAUCUUUGA